AUGGAGGAUGAGAAAGAAUGUUUACUUUUUAAUGGCUACAAACUUGGGAAGACAAUCGGACAAGGGACAUACUCUAAAGUGAAAGAGGCAUACAGCAACAAACUAGGCAGAAAGGUGGCCAUUAAAAUCAUUGACAAGGCAGUAGGUCCAGAAGAAUUUAUCCAGCAUUUUCUACCUCGCGAGCUGAAGAUUGUGGGUCUGUUGCACCACAAGAACAUCAUUGAAGUGUAUGAGAUUCUGGAGUCAGAAAACAGUUCCAAACUUUACAUGGUGAUGGAGCUGGCAGAAGAUGGAGAUGUCUUUGACUGCAUCCUUGAAGGAGGCCCAUUGUCUGAGGACUGUGCUCGGGUACUCUUCCGGCAGCUGGUGGAAGCUAUCCGCUACCUGCACAGCCAUGGUGUAGCUCACAGGGAUCUCAAAUGUGAGAAUGCUUUGCUUCAUCAUGGCAUCCUCAAACUCACAGACUUUGGGUUUGCCAAGCUUCUUCCCACGUCUUACAUUGAGCUGUCUCACACAUUCUGUGGUAGUACAGCUUAUGCAGCUCCGGAGAUACUCCAGGGUGUUCCCCAUGACAGCUGCAAAGGUGACAUUUGGAGCAUGGGGGUGGUGCUCUAUGUUAUGUUCUGUGCCAGCUUGCCAUUUGAAGACAAUGACAUCACUAAAAUGCUUUGGCUCCAGCAGAAGGGCAUAACGCUUCCCAGUCACCUUUGCGUGUCUGAAGAGUGCCGGAAUUUGGCGAAGAGACUCCUGGAACCAGAUGCUUGGUUACGACCAUCAAUUGAUGAAGUUAGUAGGCACCCAUGGUUCACUAAACACUCAUGAUAUGGGUCCCUGUUCAUCAUGUUCAGGCUUUUCACCCCUGUGUAUAUUGUGUUGUAGUGCCAU